AUGGCAAACCCCCUCCGAGCUUUUCAUAUACUUUGGUCGGCAUACAUCACUGAGAUAAUUGUGGAAGAGGAUCGGCAUAUCGUCAAUCCCGUCGCAAACGUCCCUGUUGAGGAGCGUAUGUUCAUGGUCAUGAGACCCGGUAGUCGCCUGCACAUCGAGAGAAAGAGAUACCAGAGCAAAUGGUUGACACAUAGUGAGAGUGAAUUUCAGGCAGGAUGGUGGCAAGUUACUAGGUUUACAGAAGCCAUCGCGGUUUGUUUUGGCCCCGAGAUGGCGCGUCACGGGGGCGGACAACAAGGCUCAGCAAGGCGGCUAGUUGAUCCCGUCGGCCCCAUCACUGCUUAG